AUAUUCGCUGGACUGGCGGCGCAUUCUGGGCAAAUAUCUGUAGGACUUGGCCAGGGAUUCAGCGCGAUUUUACUCCCAAAAUUGACGGAGGAGGGCUUCGCCAACAGCGAUGAAAACACCUGGAUCGCUGCACUGGGAGUUGUCUCGAAUCCUUUGGGAUCGGUGAUCGCUGGACUGUCCGCCGAAUGGUUUGGCAGGAGAUCGGCUAUCGCUUUAGCCAGUGUUCCUCACGCUGCUGGAUGGUUGUUCAUAGCAUUGUCGAAGAGCGUACCUAUGUUGUACGUGGGCAGAUUUAUCAGUGGGAUCGGUAUGGGCAUGGCGAAUGGCCUGUACCUUUACGUGAAUGAGACUGCGGCGCCAAGCCAGAGAGGCUGGUUAGGAAGCUGUGGACCAGUUCUAGUUUCGGCUGGCGUUCUGAUGAUCUACUCGCUGGGGGCGUUCAUUAGGUGGGAAAAUGCCGCUGCGAUUAGUAUAGGACCUGCUAUAUUGUCCUUGGCGUUGACACGUAUGAUUCCGGAGACGCCAGGCUGGUUGAUCGCCCGAGGACGGACGGAAGAAGCAAAAGAAUCCUUAUUAUGGUUACGAGGAUCCGGUUUAAGUAGCGACAAAGAGUAUGACGAACUUUGCGAGGCGAACGUGAAAAGGGAAGAGAGGAAAGAGAGUCUGCUGAAAGCUCUUCACAUGCCAAGCGUCUGGAAGCCUUUUCUCAUCCUGCUCAUCUUCUUCGCGCUCCAGCAAAUAUCAGGGAUCUAUAUCAUUCUGUUCUAUACCGUAAACAUCCUCAAAGACAUCGGUAUCGACUUGAACGAGUACUCUGCGAGCGUUGGCAUCGGUGUGAUCAGAUUGUUCUCAUCGAUCGCCGGCGCUGGCCUGGCGAAUAGCUUUGGCAGAAAAGCGCUGGCCUUUGUCAGUGGCCUUGGAAUGGCGAUCUCCGCAGUAGGCGUUGCUCUAUCCUACAGGUUCAAAUUGCCGUCUGUGGUGUCCUUGGCAUGCAUCGGAGGCCACGUUGGCUCGUCUAUGAUAGGAUUUCUCACUCUGCCGUGGGUAAUGACUUCCGAACUCUACCCAUUAAGAUUCCGAGGACCUCUUGGAGGCAUUACUACCAGCAUUGCGCAGGUGCUAACAUUCGCCACCAUUAAGAUGUAUCCUGAUCUGAGCGCGUUAAUUGGUAUCGAGUCCACGAUGUGGACGUUCGCUGUAACAGCCAGUUUAGGAGCAUUGUUCGCCCUGAUGAUCCUCCCCGAGACGAGAGGACGAAGCCUGGAUGAGAUAGAAAAUGGAUUCCUGAAAAAAUCGGUAACAGAUUCCUCCGUCGACGUUCUGCCAACCAUUUCCGUUCAACCUAAGAACAUCAUGCUUCAGAAAUUCGCUUCCAUCGGCGAAGACAAGCAUCACAAUAUCACGACAAACGCGUACGCUUACGACAAUUUUUGUAUGGAUUUAACCGCCGACGACAUAGAGAAAAAUACGGAGCCUGCGAAGGAUUCCGAAGCGGAUCGCGUUACUCAUACCGUUUCGUUGGAACAUAUUUAUUUCUAG